CGGCAUAAAGUCCUCAAGACUAGGAAAAGUGAAAGUUCUGUGUGGCAAAACGUUGAGUGUAGUUGAACAUGGUAUGUAAUUUUUAAAGAUUAAUUUAAACACUGCCCAUAAGUUGGUUUUAAUACUUAGGACUUAUGAACAAACAAUUACUGAGCUGCACAAAUUCCUUCUUUUCUUUUGUUUGCGUUCAAUUUUCUUUUUAUACUAUGCAGUUUACAGGCACAGAAGAAAGAAAUUGAAAGUAACAUCCGAACAAGAUAUUCACAUGAUAAAUUACGACCCUUUAGACCCUUCUUUUUGGCGUUCUGUAAUGAAGACAGGCAGCAGUACGAAUUGAAAUUGCCCAUUGUAAUUAUUUUAUAAUUUUUUUUUUAGUUCUAAGUAAUUGUUAGAACGUGCAUAAAAAACACUCUUUGGAAACUGACGAAAGCUUAUGAGAUUUUGAAAUAAGCGGACAUUCCACAAACGUGACACGGUCUGACGACAUGUUUUAAUACGGGGGCAGAAUUACGGCGAUUUGUGCAAAUUAAAGCCACAAAGUUGCAGAGUCUAUAUAUUCCUAUGGAAACCUAAGUGUUUCGACUGUAAUUCACUCGAAACGAACUGGACAUUUUUUUGGCGUUGUUACCGACUCGGUCGACUCAAACUCUGGGAGGUCCGAUCUACUCUUCCCUGGCACAGAUGGUUUUGCAAUUGCCUCGUCAUGGCAUGUGUGUUAUUUAUGUUCGUUAGCGGCGUAUUGCGUGUGAUCUCUAACCGGAAGUAUUCGACCCCUCUUUGUUUCCCAACCUUGGCACUGCCUGCCCUGAGAGCUCCCCGAAUCAUUUCCGGUUUUAGAGAUAUUCGAGUUGUGUUGAAAUGGGGCUUCAUUCAAGCCGGAGCGGGCGUGAUUUCUAAUACUUGAGCACAGACGAAAGUGAAAAUUGCGUAAAUAUGCUAAUUGUAUUAGUUUGAUGAGAAACAGCUCUUUGAUUAACGAAGAAAGGGCGACUUCUAUAAGCUUUACAGUGCUCUCUAUGGUCUUCCUGUUUUUAUCCACAAACUCGCGAGGAUAUGAUCUUUUGUCUUGAACAAAUUAAAUAGAUAAACAUAAAUGCGCUUCUGCGAGAACUCUUGCACGAACCUUUACUGAAGUAAUUCUGGAAACAAGUGGCCCGGAGUUUUAUAGAGACGUGUUAUUUCUCUUUAUUGGAUCCCGCCUCCUGGGUUGUGUUUAUCAUUCACUGUUGUGUGAAGUUUUACUCUUUUAUUGUUUUCUUUUGAGAUAUAUUUGAUAGGUGUCGAUAAAUAUUUAUACAAAGCAGAACCAGGAAUUUAGUCAAGAAACACGAAUAAACCCACGGCAAAGCUGGAUUAGCUCAAGCUCUGUAAUCCUUCAGGAAAUAUUCCUCCGUAGAGAGCUAAUUUUGCGACUUAACACCGAGAUAAAAGCGUCCUUUCAGGACGAUUCUACGAGGUGGCCCUUGAAUAGUCUCAUGCCCCCCUAUCACGCCCCGCCAUGAAAGCUUUGAUUUAUCAUCUCCAUUUACAAUUCGACCGACAACGAGGCGUGUGAUUGGUCGUUUGUCACCCCACCUAACUCCAUGUCAAUCCCAUCUUGUCAAGCGACGCACAUUUCAUGUGUUUUGUUGGAGUGCGCAGUUCAAAUCAUGCAAGCAUCACAAAAUAACCUGGGAUUGUUUCGCGUUUUCAAGCCAACGAUUCUGUUUCACGCACCUCCGCUACCUUCCCUGCAACAAAUCUUUCGCCCGCCCGAGCUGGGAAAUUCAGCAACACUGUGGAAGCAGGCUGUGGGACCAAUUGGCUUGGCUACUGCUUUUACUACAACGCCUCCACCCCCUGUUAACGUCCAAGUUUCACCGAUGAGCUUUUGCGCUGAAUCUCAGGCGGUCAUUCCUUCCAUUUGCGUCGUGUCGCAAAACUCUGACCAGCCAGUCAAGACGAAUUUUAAACCCGCGCCGGUUUUGCGUGUGCUCGAGGAAUCCGGUGAAAAUUCGAACGUUUGCGUCCCAAAUUUGAAUGGCAAAGCAAGAAAGAAGAAAUACCCUUGUCCGCUGUGCGAUAUACGAUGCAGCAACAACGGACAGCUUCAAGGUCAUUUGCGAAUUCAUACAGGCGAAAAGCCAUUUCAAUGUACUUUUGAUGGCUGCGAGAGACGUUUCGCUCGCAACGAGGAAUUAACGCGUCAUAAACGCAUCCAUACAGGCGUGCGACCUCACAAGUGCGACAUAUGCAACAAGGCCUUUGGAAGAAAGGAUCAUUUGAGCAAACAUCAAAAGACACAUCUUCAAAAUUCCGAGAAAAAAGUAUUUACUUGCGUUGUUCUAGGAUGCGGCCAGAAGUACAGUCGUUCCGAUGCUCUGACUCGGCACCAAUGGACUGCUCAUUCCUUGACAAAGGCGAGUUCCAGGGCGAUGAAGCGUCUGCCUCGUGAUCCACACGUCUUAAGAGCUAUGAAUCCAUGUUCGGUCCCGGCCACUGGUGCAUGGUUGAGUCACUAACACUCCAGCUAACUUAUUAUCGUCCGGCUGAUGGUUUGUUUAUUGUGAAACACGAGUGAUAGAAACGUGAGGCCGCUUUCUCCACUGAUAUCCACUUUAAGAGGAAAAUCACAGAGGGAAAUCAGAGAAAUGGCUGUUGAAUUUCGAAGGAUUUGUGAACGGAAUUGUUUUAUUUUGAAAGCUAAAGUGCAUUAAGUUGCUAUCAUCGCCUGCUUGCAUUUACUACAUGCUUUCAUGGUGGUAUUAAGAUUCGGGUGCGCGACCUUAUCUUUGAAAUUUAAUAUCGUUCGGACAAGUGACAAUUCGGCCACUUAUGCUAUGGGACUUCUCUUAUAAAGAAGGCGCCUCGAAAAACUUGGACGCGUGCAUUAGGCGGUAAAGCAGAUUCACGAAAGAUCGAAAAAUAUAUUAAUAACCGAAUAAUUAUCCCAGGUGUAUUUAUUUAGUUCAAAGAGUUCUUCCUCACUCCAUCUGUUUAUUUGUCAUAAUUGAAGUAGCCUUCGUUAUUUUUUCAGUCAAAUUCGCAAAUCAACACUGCUCAAAGGCAAUUUAGAAUUCUAUUAAGAACAGUGUCAGCUAACGCAUUCAUUAGUAAAUAACAAUAGAGUUGUUAUCUUUGCCAGUUUAUUGUACCACUUCACGCCAUUUUCCUUGGCAAUUUGAUAAUUCGUCGUUCAAUGGAAGGAAAACAACCGCCUCAAACAAACUGACGCCUGCCCAGAAAGAGACAAUGCAUUUUCCGUGGGAAAAGUUAUAGACAAUAGAUCCAUUUAAUAACGAAGAACCUGUAACAGAUUCAAAGAUUGUUCAAUAGUUCUGAUUAAUAAAUUGUAACACUAAUUGAAGUAGUUAUUCAUAUAUUAUUCUGAUGCUGUUUGUUCCUGUUGGAGAACAGGCGAUAGUUUUAGGAAAAAUUAUGCUAAAACGAAUGUUGACAUCAAAUGUACGGACCAUCUGAGACAUUAGAGUCAUUAUACUCACGCCCACUGCGAAUUAAUAAACUGCCCAAGUAUCAAUGACAUUCCCGCCAAGGCGCGCCGGCUGUGGUGUAAACAGAGUGAGCAAAACACAAAAAGUUCUAGUAUUUCCGCAAAGCAUAGUCCCCUGUACUAACUAUGCGCAAAGCAAGCUAGCAGUGGUAUUCGGUAGUUAAACAUCGCUUUGCGCUUCUGCUAUAAAACGUUAUCGAGUGAAUGUUUUCGUAUAACUGCCACGUGAUAACAUUCAGAACUUGCACCCUUAUAUUUUUCGACAUUUGCGAUUAGAAAUAUUGGUGGGGCGUGAAUCUGAAGUACGUGCGCCGACAUUUGAAUUUAUUUUAGUGGUCAAUCCAAUUUUUGAAAACAUGUUUACAGAGGAUUACAGUCUUGCAGCGUCUUUGUUAUAGCAAACUGAAGCCCUACAGCACCUCGCUCUAAAGGUAACCAACUAUUUCAAACGAUAUAUGAUUAGGCCUUUCCUUCUCUGUGCCUCAUUUAUGUGAGUCUGUGGUUCUUCAGUUUUAAUUUACUGUUCGCAGCAGUUAUUUAGUCAUGGUUAGUUCAUUGUGAGACAAUAUUGAAUGUGACGUGGGCGCGCGAAUCAAGACUGUGCGACUCUGGUUUCCACUCACCCCACUCAACACCUCACCGCCUUUAAUUUGAUCUACACAUGGAAAUAAUUUGAACAUCUUCAUUUUCCCAUUUAGGCCCGCCGUGGUCGUUUUCACGAAACUUUAUAUCGCAUGUAGACUGUGUCUUCUGCACCUAAUAUACUUAGGUUUCUAUUGUCUAUUGUCAAGCUCCCUGUUAAAAGUGCAUAAUUAUAACGCUUGCAUCUACGACAAAGUGGAAAAGAGGACCUGUUGAUACAGAUUACCAUGGUGACAGUCUAGGAAAAGCAGAUGUCUUGCAUCGUGGGCGAACUAGCUUUGAUAUCCUUGUACAGGCACGUAGCUGUCUUGUUACCUUCUACCGUCUUUUUCUUUCAAGUAGACCAAACUGAUAAUCAACACCAUCAGGUGUUUAAAAACGAUAUUGACUCACUUCCCAGUCUGGGUCCAAAUCAUAGUCUCUUGUUCUGGACUGAAUAACAUCCCUGAGGCUCCCUUUCCCAGACAAUCGCGUUUCAUGCAUUACUAAGGCCAACAUAUUCUCAAUCGUUAUUUAAUCCUUUGUUGAGAAGAAAUUGCAUACAGUCACAACUCUGGCACUCUGUUAACGAUCUGACUUUGGCUGAAAGCGGACACCAAGUAGACAAAAAGUGGACACUGUCUGGUCCCAAGACAGAGCUAG